AUGGCGAUGGCGAUCGGCAUGAAGAGCAUCACGGGCGACGCGCACUUCUUCGAGGAGAGCAUGAACCUGGACCGCAUCCGCAAGCUGCUGGACAACAAGCUGGGCGUGGCGGGCCACGGGGAGAAGCUGGAGGCCAUGAAGGCGCUGCUGGCCAGCAUCUCCAAGGGCGAGGACGUGUCCAUGUUCUUCGCGGACGUGGUCAAGAACGUGAUCGUGGCCAGCGUCGAGGUCAAGAAGCUCGUGUACAUGUACCUCGUGCACUACGCGGACGCCAACUCGCAGUGCCGCGAGCUCGCGCUGCUCAGCAUCAACAGCUUCCAGAAGGACCUGGCGGACCAGAACCAGCUCAUCCGGGCGCUCGCCCUUCGGGUCAUGACGUCCAUCCGCGUGCGCGACAUCCUGCAGAUCCAGCUCAUCGCCAUCCGCAAGUGCGCGGCGGACGAGUCGGCCUACGUGCGCAAGUGCGCGACCAACGCCAUCUCCAAGGUCUUCGUGGUGGACCCGGAGCAGAAGGACGUGCUGGCCGAGAUCAUCGGCACGCUGCUCAACGACUCGAGCACGAUGGUGCUGGGCAGCGCCGUGCAGGCACUUAACGAGGUGUGCCCCGACCGGCUGGACCUGCUGCACCGCCCCUUCCGGAAGCUCUGCCACUUGCUGGCCGACAUCGACGAGUGGGGGCAGACGGUGACGCUCAACGUGCUCAUCCGGUACUGCAGGGAGCAGUUCCAGGCCCCCGAGGUCAUGAAGGAGGGCAAGAAGGGCAAGGAGAUGUUCCCCAAGCGGAAGGCCAGGAGGGGCUUCUACUCGGACGACGAGGGCAGCGGCUCCGAGAGCGACGAGAAGACGGCCUUCAACAAGAGUCAGGGUGGGGGCUUCUCCGGUCAGAGCCCCUUCAUGCUGGGAGGAGGAGGCGCGGUGAGGGGCGAGGCGCUGCCUUCCAUCGGCUCGGUGUUCCGCAGCGACGCGCUGGCCAGCGGCAUCGGAGGAGGAGAGGAGCUGGACGAAGACCACCGACUGCUGCUGCGCUCGUCCAUCCCGCUGCUCAAGUCGAGGAACAGCGCCGUCGUGCUGGCCGUCGCCACGCUGCACUACUACUGCGGCACGCACAGCAUGGCCACGUCCACGCUCAUCGGCAAGUCGCUGGUGCGCAUCAUGCGCAACCAGCGCGAGAUCCAGUACGUUGUGCUGUCGGUCAUCUCGUCCAUGGCCACGUCGCGCCCGGACAUGUUCCGCCCCUUCCUGCAGGAGUUCUUCGUGCGCGCGACGGACCCGGCGUACGCACGCAAGCUCAAGCUCGAGAUCCUGACGUCCCUGGUCACGGACGAAAACGUGAGCAUCAUCUUGAGGGAGUUUCAGGCGUACGUGCGCCACGUGGACAAGUCCUUCGUGACCAUGACGGUGCGUGCUCUUGGACGGGUCGCGGACGCGAUGCCCUCGGUGGCUGAGCGCUGCCUGAGCGGCCUGAUGCGUCUCGUGCGCUCGUCCAACGAGCAGGUCGUGGCCGAGAGCGUCGUCGUGAUCCGCCAGUUGCUCCAGCAGCAGGCCAUCAAGAAGGACCGCCUCGUGGUAGUGCGAUCUCUGGCUGCGAUGAUGGUGACUGGCCGUGUCACCAGCCCGUCAGCGCGCGCCUCAAUCGUAUGGAUGCUUGGCGAGUUCAACGAUGACGGCAACGGAACGACCUGCGCUGCCGAAUCGCUGCGUCUGCUUGUGAAGGACUUCUCCGAUGAAUCGACCGAGGUGCGUCUGCAGAUCCUGAACCUGGCGGUGAAGCUUGGACUUCGUGAGCCGCAGAAGCGCACGAUCCAGCUGCUGCUCCAGUACGUGAUCGAGCUGUGCAAGUUCGACAUUGACUACGAUGUGCGUGAUCGCGCUCGUCUGGUGCGCGCCGCGCUGUCUGGGGACGCUAGCGUCGUGAACCCCCACAAGUUGUUCGCGAGCAAGAAGCCUGCGCCGCUGAUUGGAUACGACGAUGAGACCAAGACACGGUUCACGCUUGGCACCAUGUCUAACGUUGUGCACCACAGUGUUCCCGGAUACCUGACAUUGCCCGAGUGGCGAUCAACCAAACCGGACCGCUCGCUACGCGACGAAUCAUCUUUCGUCGAGACGAACCGUGGCGGUUCUUCGCGUCAUGCUCCUAAGACUACCAAGAAGAAGGAGGGCGGGGCGAAGGGAUUCUACAGUGACGAGAGCUCAGGAUCGGAAUCUUCCGGGUCCGAAUCUGAGUCCGAGUCUGAAUCGGAAUCUGGCAGCGGCUCUGAGUACGAUUCGGAUAGCGGAAGCAGCUCCGGCUCCGAGUCGGCUUCAUCCAACUCCGGAUCUGAGAGCGAGGCUUCGUCUUCUGAAGAAAGCGAGUCCGAGGAAUCGUCAGAGGAGGAAGACCGCCCGCGUCGACGAGAGAAGGGGAAAACCAAGUCGCCACAGAAACAGUCUCAGCCGAAGAAGACAAAGCCUGCUAAUGCUUUCGACCCGCUCGACCUGUUGGGUUCACCCACUGUAAACCCGGCUGCUGCUCCUCCGAUGCAAGCGUUUGCGCCCAUGGCCCCUGCGACUUCCAACCUGCUGGGUGACUUGAUGAGUCUGAGUGUGUCGUCUUCGACUACGCCACCUCCGCGACACGAGCUUCUUUCCUCUCUGGCUGGCAACGGUCUGGACGUCCACUACGCCUUCCUUCGUCAGCCGUCCACACACUCUCCGGCAAUGAACGUUAUCCAGUUGUGGUUCGCCAAUAACUCCAAUGAGCCCAUUUCGCGCGUCCAGAUCGUCGGCAAGAACCCUCAGCAGGUGGUUCCGUUCCCCGAGCUUCCCGUGCUGUUCCCUGGUGGCUCUACUUCUAUGGCACAACUUCAUGUGGACUUCCUGGGUCGUCUCGACAACGUUCCCCUUGAGAUCGUGACGAGCGAGGACAAGUACGAGGUGGAUCUAGCUCCUGUGGUCGGGGAGCUCUUCUUGCCGCAGCAGAUGAGUCUGGAGGAAUUCGAGCGUCGCAUCUCGAUGACGGACUCGACGUCUCUCCACACGAGCGAGUUCACGCUGCCUGUUCCAGUUCAGAUGAACUCGGUCGUGCAGGCCGUGCUCAAGGACUGCAAUGUGGCUCAAGUAUACGAGAUCAACAACAUGAACGGCGUCGUGGGCAAGUGCAAGUUGGCAGGCCGAUUCCGCAGUGGAAACGCCAGUGCUGAGAACGUCCUUAUCGGUCUGGAGGUUCAGCUGCAGACUGGUAAGGGACGGCUGCUCGUGGUCAUGCGCGACUCUGUUCUCGCUCAGAGACUUACGACGGGAAUUAAGCGUGCCAUGCCACUCCAAGGUUAA